CUCCUGCCGGUGCGGCCCAGCCUGGCCGCCCCCUUCCUUAGGACGGUCCGGAACAGCUUCCUCCCGGUUCCGGAUGUGCGCCGUGCGUGUGCCCACUCGGGCGGUCCGGCCUGGGCCGUCGGCCCUUGGCUCCCCGCCCCGGGCGACGCCGGCGGCCCCCGCGGGGUGUGGCGGGCCCAGGGCCGGCCACCUUCCCGCCUGCUCUGCCCCGGAGACGCAGGCGUCAGAGCUUGCCUCUUUCCAAACGUGCCCUCGUCGGCAGCCGUUAAGGCAGACGUUUUCGGCUCCAAAGGCCCCUUUUUAGAUGUUCUCCUUACGCUUCUCCAGAGUUUUAAAUGAAGACUUUUAACCCAUCGUUUAGAAGUGAGCUUGUAGUAGACAAAACAAAGAGGAAAAAACGAAGAGAGCUCUCUGAAGAACAGAAGCAAGAAAUCAAAGAUGCGUUUGAGCUCUUUGAUACCGACAAAGACCACGCGAUAGAUUAUCAUGAAUUAAAGGUGGCAAUGAGAGCCUUGGGUUUUGAUGUGAAAAAAGCUGAUGUACUGAAGAUUCUUAAAGAUUAUGACAGAGAAGCCACAGGCAAAAUCACCUUUGAAGAUUUUAAUGAAGUUGUGACAGACUGGAUAUUGGAAAGAGAUCCGCAUGAAGAAAUCCUGAAAGCAUUUAAACUGUUUGAUGAUGAUGAUUCAGGUAAAAUAAGCUUGAGGAAUUUGCGACGUGUCGCCAGAGAAUUGGGUGAAAAUAUGAGCGAUGAAGAGCUCCGGGCUAUGAUAGAAGAAUUUGAUAAGGAUGGUGAUGGAGAAAUAAAUCAAGAGGAAUUCAUUGCUAUUAUGACUGGUGACAUAUAAAGGAUUAUGAGAAUCAACACCAAAAUGCUGCAGUUACCAUCUGUAUUUCCUUUUUGUGACUAAAGUCCUGUUUCAAAUAAAAACUUCCAACUUAGUCCUUUCUCCAAAAGGACCAAACUAAGCAUCCUUUGUAUUUGUAUUUCACUGCUGUUCAGUUUCUUUGUAUGAGCAAUGUUGUUAGCAUUAAUAAUUUUAUCUUUAUGUUUUUAAUUCAGGUUAAUAUAAAGCUUAAAAAUUUCAAA